AUGAGCUCCGGGAUGAGCCUUCGUUUCAACCUUAUGGGGGAGGAGCUCGUAGAGUCGCAUCGCAAGCGCAGGCAGUUCUUUAAGGCGGACCGAUACCUAGUCUUGGGGGAGUUCGCAACCGCGACGGGACAACAGCCUACCUGGGCGACCAAGAUACUGCGAUGGUACAUUGAACAUGGACUAGAUGUGACUCCGGUUACCCCACAAAAGGAGCUGGUUGAGGUCGAAGGGCGGAAAGUCAUCCGGUCCAUUAACCACUUACCGUUAGAGGACUGGGGACGCAUCUCCGUGAGCGUCGUUACGAAAGCUAGGGACACGUUGUUGACUCUUCAACAAGCUAGCUUUCAGCAGGCGAACCUCACUGACUACGACGCUUUCCUUUGGCUUCAGCCUGGCGCUGGAGGUGAAGACCACGACUGCGUCGACUUCAUUCGUAAGGACUCGGAGUUGAAAGCCUACGUCAUAUUUCGGGGCGAAUGUGUUCUCAUCGACGGUGGAGAAGCGCUCGAAGCGGCGGGAAAGGAGAAAGAGAAAGGGGACUCGAUCUAGAUGCGUUAUUCAUGUUGCUGCGGGGUCCGUCGCAUCGAACGCGUCGCUAGUGUUUCUCGCGAUGCAGUCAAGUUUCUCCUCUUCACCCCACGUUUCGGCCCACUGGUAUAUUCCUUAAACCUGUCGUAGCUUGAUAAGCGAACUACUACGUACUGGAUUCAAUAUUCAAAGUCUUCCGGUAGAAGAUAACACUCAUGUGGGUUAAAAUGAGAGUUGUCUGCCCUCAUCUGAC